AUGGUAGGUAGAUUUUCACACUCAGAACGCACACUUUUAUCAGACAACCUGUUUUCCCAUUUCGGAAACGGAGAACCGACGAAUGACCCAACAGUGGUAUCUGAGGCUUACAGAGAACACUAUGCGUGUCUAUACUCAGCCCCAGCGUCCUCGUCACAUCCACUCUUGUCAAGGAGAAACUACGAACAGCCUCUAACCGACUUGGUCUUCACGGUGGAGGACAUUCGUCAACUCUUGGACAAGAUCAACCCAUUCUGCGCAUUGGGACCCGACGAGGUCCAUCCGAGGAUCCUAAAAGAACCGUCCUCCACACUGGCAAACCAUUUACACUUGGUGUUUCGUCAGUCGCUUGACGAAGGCCGAAUUCUCCCUGCUUGGAAGGAAGCGAUUGUCACGCCAAUAUACAAAACAGCCACUGACCGACAAGAACAAAACCGACCCGGGAAACUUGGGCAAAAGCCUCGAUCCUGUGUAUCAAUCCGUGAAUCCGUGAAUGACCUUGAGAACCUACGCCGCUGCAUUCAAGGAAUACUCAUUGCCGGUAGAGAUCCGAUUGCCAUGUCCCCAUCGCAAGAGACAAAUGCAUUCCACCGGGUUACUCACACGAAAACCAACCCUAAACUCUUAAAGGCUGUCCUGGGCACCAUGGAAGGGGUACCAGCUGUGUUCACACUAUUACCACAACCUCAAUCUCAGUCGGUUGUGAGUUUCUGGGACCAUGUUGGGAGGGAUGGAUAUUCCCAAAUCUGUGACUAUAGUGCAAAAACGCGACGAUGGCAUGUGGUUGUCGCAGGCGGGAAAAAGAAGAUGGUUACGGAUGUCGUGGACGCUCAAGAUGGGUGUCCCACCUGGGAUACGGAGUUUAAUAUAGACCUGGUCAGCCCGACGGAUCCAAUUGUCAUGCUCAUCUUGGACGGCGAACGCCGUCACAUCGGACAGGUUGUCAUCCCAUUGGCUCAGGUACCUCGCACGGGUCCCCCAAAUUUUGACCCUUCACGAUUGCGCUACUCUGAAUUGGAGCCGACCAAAAAGAAUUCGUGUCCUCGGGGUCGUUUGGUCUACUGGAUUUGGGCGACUAGCUACUGGCCGCCUGGUACCAAGCUCGACAGCAAAUCGAAAUCUCAUAAGGGUUCUAUUUCCCAUUUGGGUCGACCGAAAUCAAGAUCCUCCAAAGCCGCCUCAAUGGUGUCCGGUGCCUACAGCGAGAGCAACUUGUCCGCUCAAACCAGUUACAUGGGUGGAUAUCCAAUGACCGGUGGAGGUGCACCAUCCUCUGUCGCUUGGACCAAUCGACCAGGUGCCACGUUAGGCAUGGGUGGUACUGCGUCGUAUAACCCGCUAGCAUCCUAUGACGAAGAGGGUUCAACGCGUGGGAGUCAACAGUAUGGAAGCGAUAUGGACGAUCCUGGCCGCCCACCCCUCUACCGGUCCGCUCUUCAGUUAAAAAACAACCAGGCAGGAUACGCGGAGUCGACGGUGAGCGGAUAUUCUGGGAAACGUGGCCUAAUGAGGAAAGUGAAGAGCAAACUUUCCAAAAGCACCCUCAGCAUCACACAAGCCGUGGCCAAGAAAGCCGGUGGGGACAAGCUCUAUCCAGAUCCCCAUGGAAGCGUUCUGUCUGUGGCUUCAUCUAGAGAGCACAUCCAAUUCCCGGACUCUACUUCAGGUCAAAACCAACGCCCUCCAAGCGGUUCAAUGACUAGUUUGCCUCGUGAAAAUUAUGCUCCAGACGGUGCUGUGAGGUCUGGCCCAACGGAGCACAUCCAAUUCCCGGACUCUACUUCAGGUCAAAACCAACGCCCUCCAAGCGGUUCAAUGACUAGUUUGCCUCGUGAAAAUUAUGCUCCAGACGGUGCUGUGAGGUCUGGCCCAACGGAUAUGAAUGAGACUGAAGAGGGUGAGACAUUGAGAACUCAACGUAUUUCAUAA